AUAGCUUUCAAAUAAUUUAUGUCUAUUAAAAUAUUCAUCGUUAAAUUAGAAAUAUUCCAGUAUAGAAACGGAAAAUGAUUAAACUUUGUUAGAAGAUAAUAGUACAAUUAUUUUGAAAUUUAAUAUCGUAGCAGUAGACAGUUUGGCGACAGUUAUUACCGCAUUAUUUAUUCACUACUUGCAACAGAGUAGAGAGGGAAUUUUAGUAUUCAGUCUUUGUUGAAAUCCCAUUUGAAAACCGAUAUUAUAGUAAACUGUAAUAAUAACAUUUUACUUGAAGCAACAUAAUAAUGCUGUCAAUAACUAUUCUGCAGUAUUUAGGCUUAUGGCGAACUGAAAACGACAGUGGAGUCAGAUUAUACUUAAAUAUUAUUCACUCUUAUUUUACUGCGGUUUAUAUAUAUUUUGAUGUAUUUUUCGAAGCAGUCGAACUGAUUAGCAAUUACACUAGUUUUCAACAAUUUCUCAACAGCGCAAUUAUUUUCUUAACAAUGGUUGGUGUUUGUGGAAAAGUUUUCAACGUACUUCUCAAACGUAAGGAGAUUCUACAUCUACUUGAUAUUAUUGAAAGACAUCCAUGCUGUUAUCAAGAUGCUGAAGAAAAAAAAAUCCAAGAUAAAUUUGAUAGUAAGAUCAAAUAUCGGACUCUUGCUUUCUUAAUAGUCACCGAGUCAGCUGUAAUGACCACAGUGGUUGUAUCAAUAUUUCGUGAUACACCAAACCGUGAAAUGUAUUAUGAUACAUAUCUCCCAUUUGAUUCAUCAACUAUUGGGUACUGGUCAUCCUAUGUCUUUCAAAUUACUGCUCAAGUUUUUGGAUCAUUGGUAAAUGUUGCUCAUGAUACCUUAAUCCCUGGGAUGAUACUGAAAAUUUGCGCGCAGUUGAGUAUUUUAGAGCACCGAUUAGAUUUAGUGUGUAAGGAUGUUGAUCCGCAUGACCAGUUUACUAAAGCUAAAAAAGAAAAUUUAAAUAAAAUUACAGAGUGCAUAAAACAUCAUCUUCAAAUUCUUCAAUUAGCUGACAGAACAAACAAAGUUUUUAGUAUUGUCAUGCUUUAUCAAUUUUCAAUCAGUACUAUUGUGAUAUGUAUAACAAUUUAUACACUAUCUCAAGUUAAAAUAAGUGAUCCAGAAUUUUUUGCAAUGGCGGAUUAUUUUAUGUGUAUGACCGUACAAAUUUUUGGCGUCUGUAUUGCCAGUACCGAGUGCAAUAUUAAGAGUGUAAACAUCGCAGCAGCUGUUUAUCAGUUAAACUGGUACAAUUUGGAUAUUGAUUCACAGAAAAGCUUGUUACUUAUAAUGACUCGAAGUUCAAAACCAUUAAAAUUCAACGCUGCGUACUUUAUUGAAGUAUCUCUCAACUCUUACAAUCAAGUACUAUUGUACAUUUAUUAUUUUCAAUUUCAUUUCACUAAAUACACUUCUUUUUACCAAUUUUAUAUUAUCAUUCCAGCUUAUGAAACUUUCUUAUUCAGCUUACAAUGUUCUGAAAUAAUAACCAUCAAUUAGCAUCAAUAUAUUGACAGUAUAAGACACCUGGAAAUUUUGCAACGAUGACUCUGAUAAUCGGCUAGAAAAAAAUUAGAAAUGUACAUAAUGUUUUAAUAAAUUAUAUUGUUUUUAAUUAAUA